AUGGCUAACUUACCGACCAAAAGUACAGCCCUUUGCGCCAACGAAGAGGGUAAAAUCGUUAUUCACGACCUUCCGUUCCCUGAGCCUCAAGAAGGAGAGAUUCUCAUCAAAGUCUUAUACUCCGGCGUUAAUCUAUCUGACGUACGAAGUGUCGCAUUCUUUGGCCUUAAAAACUAUGCUCUUGGCGGUGAAUUCUGUGGAGAGGUUCUCCAGUCAUCCAGCCUUACCUCUACACCCUUCAAAGCCGGCGAUAUCGUAGCUGGUAUAGUGGCUGCGGGGAGGUCUCGGGAUCCCCGCCAUGCUGCCCACCAGGAGUACAUCACCGUUGAGCCCGACUGGGUCUUCAAGGUGCCUGAAAACUUGCCUCCUCAAGCCGCUGCUGGUCUUUCCAUCGUUGUGCAGACGGCCAGUAAUGCACUCUUCAAUCAUCUCGGGCUCCCACUCCCGCCGAGUGUUGCAGAUGGUACCAUUGAUGAAGGGGCUUCUUCUCCUGAGGGGACGCUCGUCGUUUGGGGCGGCGCAACGGGCGUUGGCAUGGCUGCCAUUCAGCUUGGACGGGCUAGUGGUGUAUCUUCAAUCGUGGCAAUCGCAUCAGCUAGGCGGCAUGACUUCCUAAAGCCCCUAGGUGCGACUUAUCUCUUUGAAUAUCACGAUCCAGACGUUAUUGAAAAGGUCAAGAAGACCCUGCAAGGAACUAAGGGAACAAUCUGGGGUUUCGAUGCACUUGGAAGCGUUGAGAACCCUAUAUCACAAGAACUCCUCAAAAGCGCCAUCCCGCCUCACGACAAAGUCCGACUGGCCACAGUACUACUAGCCCCUCACGAGGGCUUCGAAGCUGUCUUGGCGAGUCGACAAUUCCAUGUUGAGUUCAGUCUACCAGAUGGUACUACUCUGAGGUUCCAUAAGGACGAGACCCUUGCCAACAGGCAUUGGAGAGGUUUUCGCUGGGUAAUUGACAAUUACGGCGGGGAUUAUAAACCAACACCGGUCAGAGUUCUUGAAGGAUCAGGUAAAGAUGCUAUUUUUGAGCUCCAUAAGAUGUGGCAUAUGAACAAUUUUGGAAAGGUGGUGCUUAAGCACCCUUUGGUCUAA